AUGAAAACCACAUCAAAUACCGCCCACACCGUCUUCCCCUUCUUCGACCUCCCACUCGAGCUCCGCGACAUGAUCUACGACGAGACUCUAGAAGACAGACAGGAUCAGAGACUCUGUAAUAGUGUCUAUCUUAAGGCGAAAGGCGUUCCUCGGACCAAUAUCCUCCUUGUCUCGAAAGAUGUCAAGCAGGAAUACGAACAACGCGCCACGAAGCACAGCCAUCUCACCGUCAAAGACCUCCGCAGCUACGACGAGGUACGCACGGCUCUACCCGCAGCAGCUAAAAAGGUCUCACACAUUGUUAUUGAGCCUUGUGUCUGUACUUCAGAACUCGCCAAAUACCUGGCAAAGUUCACGCCGCUGAUCGGUUUGGUCACCAGUCCAUUUUUCAGUCUGAAGACCCUCACCAUCAACAUCGUCAUGAUAGCCGGUGAUAGGCUGGAGACUUUGGAGACGGCUCAGCAGUGGGUCAACGAGCUAGUCGAGUAG